GUUACACUUUGGUGUUGUUUGGUUUACUCGGCUUUACAGCGCGUACGGGACAUAGAGGUAUGGGAUCAGCACAGGAAUUACAUUACGAUAUAUCAUUUUGCACGAACGAUUGAGGUGAAACAAUUGAGUCAUCGUCGAAUCAGGCGAAAGAUUGUGGAGAAAAGGAGUGGACAAGGGGGAGUGAAGAAAAUUGAGACGAGCUUUUCGGCUUCGCCGUCAUCAAAGCUAGCUGUGUUCGGGUCAUCAAGGAUAUCUGGGAGCUGCACUUCUGCACACCUUUGACAAGCAGAGCUCACUGCCCAGCAAAGGGUCAGAGGGAAAGAAGAGGAACUCUGAUAGACUGGAGUCUAUCGACAUGGCAGAGUCAGAGACGGAGUGCGCUGCACCAGGACUCCACACACUGCAGCCCGAGAGUGCUGCAGCACACAGCUGGGUCAGAGAUGUGCACCAUACACACACGUCACAGAUAAAAAGAGAAAUUGAUCUGGGUUCCAACAAAACUGGUGAUCUUAUUAAGACUGAGAGAAUAGACAAUAUAGACCUGGGAUUUGAAUGCCAUCUGCAUUCUGACCAAAUCAAAAUGGAGACCGAUUAUGGAGACUACCUUAAAAUGGAACAAAUCAAUGACUUGCAGGACUUCAUGGAUUUUAAUACCAAGUCUGGUAAAAUUAAGUGUGAAUUCAAUGAACGUUUAGUGAAUGAUCUUAAGAAUACUGUGAUGAAUGGAGUUGGUGUUAAUCACAACAUCCAGACUGAAUCAUGGCAAUCGGCAAGAGAGACAAAUUCAUGUAUUCUUUGUGGUAAGUGCUUUUCCAAAAGAUCUAAAUUAAAUAUCCACAUGAGAAUUCAUACAAGUGAAAAGUCCUAUGAAUGCCCUCUGUGUAGAAAGUGCUUUUCCACAAAUUCUAAUUUAAAUGUUCACAAGAAAAUUCAUACAGGUGAAAAGCCAUACAAGUGUACACAGUGUGAAAAGUGUUUUUACCAUAGAAGUCUAUUAUAUCACCACCAGAUGGUUCAUACACGUGAUAAAGGCUUCAAAUGUCCACAGUGUGAGAAGGGUUUUACAACAAAAUUUUCAUUAAAAAUACACAUGAAAACUCACACGGGUGAAAAGUUGUACAAGUGUACACAGUGUGAGAUGUGUUUUGUCACAAAAGCUGAAUCGGAAAAACACCUGAGAAUUCAUUCAGGUGAAAAGCCCUACAAGUGUACACAUUGUGGGAAGUGUUUUUCCCAAAGAAGUACAUUACGUCAGCACAAGCUGAUUCAUACAGGUGAAAAACCCUACAAGUGCACUCAUUGUGGGAAGUGCGUGAGGAGCAAAUCUAAUUUGGAUGCACACCUGACAGUUCAUAGAGAUGUAAAGCCCUACAAGUGUACACAGUGUGUGAAGUGUUUUCGUAGAAAAUCUGAAUUGGAUGCACACCUGAGAAUUCAUACAGGUGAAAAGCCCUAUAAGUGUACACAGUGUGAGAAGAGGUUUUGUAGAAAGUCUGACUUGAAUGACCACCUGAGAGUUCAUACCGGUGAAAAGCCCUACAAGUGUACACAGUGUGGUAAGUGUUUUUCUCAAAGCGGUCCAUUAAAUCGACACAAAAUGAUUCAUACAGGUAAAAAACCCUACAUGUGUUCUCCGUGCGGGAAGAGCUUUAAGGGAAAAUCUGAAUUGGAUUCACACCUGAGAAUUCAUACAGGUGAAAAGCCGUACAGGUGUACACAGUGUGGGAAGUGGUUUAGGAGAAAAACUGAUUUGAGUGUACACCUGAGAAUUCAUACAGGUGAAAUGCCCUGCAAGUGUACGCAGUGUGGGAAGGGUUUUAGUCGAAAAUCUGAAUUGGAUUCACACCUGAGAAUUCAUACAGGUGAAAAGCCCUACAUGUGUACACAGUGCGAGAAGUGUUUUUGUAGAAAAUCUGAAUUGGAAGCACACCUGAGAAUACAUACAGGCGAAAAGCCCUACAAGUGUACAGUCUGUGGGAAGUGUUUUUCCCAAAGUGGUCCGUUAAAUCAGCACAAGAGGAUUCAUACAGGCGAAAAACCCUACAAGUGUACUGAGUGUGGGAAGUGUUUUAGUGCAAAAUCUUUGAUGAAUGCUCACCUUGGGAUCCAUACAGGUGAAAAGCCACACAAGUGUACACAGUGUGAGAAGUGUUAUCUUUCAAAAUCUGCUUUAAAUGUGCACCAGCGAUCUCAUACAGGUGAAAAGCCCUACAAGUGUACACAGUGCGGAAAGUGUUUUUCCCAAAGACGUCCAUUAUAUCAGCACAAGCGAAUUCAUGCAGGUGAAAAAUAGCUGCCAAAAUACUUACUCACAUGAAAACACAUAGAGGUGAGCUCAGUGUGGGAAGUGCUUUUCACAAUUAAUAAUUUUAAUGUCCACCAGAGAAUUCAUAAGGUGAAAACCCUGCAAGUGCAUUCCAUGUGGGAAGUGUAUUAGUGCUAAAUCUUUGAUAAAUACUCACCUUAGAAUUCAUGCAGGCGAAAGCUGUACAAGUGCACCCGGUGUGAGAAGUGUUUUCUUUCUAAAUCUGCUUUAAAUGUACACCAGAGAUAUCAUACAGGUGAAUAGCCAUAGUUUCCCCUGUGUGGGGAGGCCUCAUUUGAAAACACACCAACAUACUUAUUCAGCUGAAAACCCAUAGAAAUAUGUUCAGUGUGGGAAGUGGUUUUCACAAUUCCUCAUUUUAAUAUCCACCUGAGAAUUCAUACUGGUGAAAAGCCUUACAAAUGUAUUAAGUGUGGGAAUUUAACCAAUUAUCUGCAAUAAACCACCAGAGACCCUUUGAGAGUACUUGGCUUUUUAAUUGAAAUGUAUUUUGAAUGACCAGAAGAAAGUUACAUUUGGAAAGCCUGAAUAAGGCUUUUUAUGUAUUUUAUGAAAGCAUACUUUGUGUUUUGGCUACACACAAAGUUUUUCAGUUCUUGAUUUGCACUUGUAAUGAAUUCUAGUUUUGUAGCAAGCUAUUAGUAUUGAAUAGUAGCAAACUAUAUAAUUCCCCCCUGUGGUAUUCUUUGUUUAUUAUAUUUUUGAUAAGCGUUUGAAAAACAGCAAAAUGACUAUGCAUCUGGGACCCUGUUUUGCUUUUAUAACGAGUGUUUGUGUUUGUUAUUUAAAAAAGCAAUUUCUGUUGUAGUCCGAACACUGGUAUUUUGAUGAAAUUGACACCAAUGUAUUUUGUUGUAAUGAAAAAAAUGUGAAAUUGUUUGGACUUACUGUAGAAAUAAACAUUUGUAUUCUGAA